AUGGGUCCGAAUAGCUCGGUCAUGGUCAUGGUCAUGGUCAUCUUGUUCAUGGUAUUCACAAUUUCAUUGGCCUUGGACAUGUCGAUCAUCUCCUAUGACAGAGCCCACAUUGGCGAUUCAGUAUGGAGGAGUGACGAGGAGGUCAUGAAUAUAUACGAACAGUGGCUGGUGGAGCAUGGCAAGUUGUAUAGCGCCUUGGGCGAGAAGGAGAAGAGAUUUGAGAUCUUCAAAGACAACCUAAGGUUCAUCGACGAGCACAAUGCCAAGAACCAGACAUACAAGGUUGGGUUAAACCGGUUUGCCGAUCUCAGCAAUGAAGAGUACCGAGCCAAGUACCUGGGAACCAGAUUUGACCCAAACAGGAACAGUAAGUUGGCCAAGACCAGAAGCAACCGUUACGCUCCACGUGUCGGUGACAAAUUGCCGAAAUUUGUUGAUUGGAGGAAAAAAGGUGCAGUCGUCCCGGUCAAAAACCAAGGAAGUUGCGGGAGCUGCUGGGCAUUCUCUGCAAUCGCCGCCGUCGAAGGGAUUAAUAAAAUAGUAACAGGCGAUCUGGUUUCACUAUCAGAGCAAGAACUCGUGGACUGUGACAGAAACAUUAACGCAGGAUGUGAUGGCGGACUUAUGGACUAUGCCUUUGAGUUCAUCAUCAAUAAUGGUGGUAUUGAUAGCGAGGAGGAUUACCCCUAUCGUGGUGUUGAUGGUAGAUGUGAUCAACAGAGGAAAAAUAAGAGAGUCGGUACAAUUGAUGAUUAUGAAACUGUUCCUGCCUAUAACGAGUUAGCCUUGAAAAAGGCGGUAGCACACCAGCCAGUGAGCGUUGCCAUUGAAGCAGCUGGCAGGGAUUUCCAAUUAUAUGUAUCAGGUGUAUAUACGGGAAGAUGUGGUACUGCAUUAGAUCAUGGUGUUACUGCUGUUGGGUACGGAACAGAACAUGGUGUUGAUUAUUGGACUGUGAAGAAUUCAUGGGGUAAGAGUUGGGGAGAGGGAGGUUAUAUCAAAAUGGAACGUAAUUUAGUUACAAGCAGAGCAGGAAAGUGUGGAAUUGCAAUUCUGGCCUCUUAUCCCAUAAAGAAGGGCCAAAAUCCCCAAAACCCUGGACCAUCUCCUCCUUCAUCCGUGAAAACACCCAAUGUUAUGUUUUUAGUUUCGAAGUUAUGUUGA